UUUCUUGCAGGCUUUGUGACCGGGACUACACCCCAAGUAAUCAAAGAUGAAGCAGUACCUCGCUCUAGCUCUCACCCUUGUUGCCGUGGCUGUUGCGCUACCAAGGUCUAAACGGGCAGCCUACGAGCUGCCGGACGGCGUCGAGUUCCUCGUCGGAUCCGUGAAGACCUCCUUUACCUGCCCAGCCAAGAAUGGUUACUUCGCGGACGUGGACAACGCCUGCCAGAUCUUCCACGUGUGUAACGUCGUGCCCAAGGAAGACGGCAGCACUGAGGUGCAACAGUACAGCUUCCUGUGCGGCAACCAGACCGUGUUCAACCAGUUCUCGCUGACCUGCGCCCUGCCUGAAGAUGCCAUCCCAUGUGGAAGCUCGGCCGACUUCUUUUACCUCAACGACAGGAUCGGCCAGGAGAAGGUGAACCUGCACGACGACGCCGACCUGCAGCGUGCCGUCCAGAUCAUCCCGCGGUACCAGCAAGCACCAUUCAAGGCUUGAAGCCCACUGCCGCCGCCACCGCCACGUUCACGCGAACGCGACACCGUACUGUAGCCAGUUCGAAUCGAGCCUGUGAUCGUGUGAAUGAAGAACCGUGACCGAGGCGACAAGCCGCAAAAGAACUCGCGCACACGUCCACCGCGUGCUCGCUGUUUUUUUGCCUUUGUUACAGCGCUUGCCUACGGCAUGCGAUGGUUUCUAUCCGAGCAAAACGACACCUACGCGAAGGAACCAUCCCACAUAAAGUAGCCCAUACUGCAAGAUGCCCACAUAAAUUAUUAGGAGACCGAAAAAAAAAAACCACUGCUAUUAUAUGCAGCGCUUCGUGCAGAAACAUAAGAACUGCCGUCGGACCGAAAAGGUAGAGAGAAGGCGCGAGGAGAGCCAAGUAAAAAGAAAAGCGCAUAGAAACCUGCUUCGCGUCGCUCCAGCAUUUAUAAAGUAGGCACUGGAGCAACGUACAAAGCCCGUCAUGGAGGAUCACCCGACGGCGAUGACGCGGAAGGCGCACACUGCCGCUCGCUUGUAUUUUAGCUAGGCUCACCACAUUGUCGCAUUCGUGUCGACGCUGCCAAUGAGAUACGGAGAUUCCGUUAUCUUUCAGCGCCUUGCGCACGUCCCUUGCUUUGGGUUGUACAGUCAUAAAUGUCCUGGGAUAGAACACCACGAGUGUUCUCUUGCGACACCUUACUACUUUCGAGCUCCUCCACGCGGUUUUGGCUUUCUUUUUGCUUUUGGGUGCAGGUCUGCUGAGCAAUCCAUUGGGUAGGAGCACAAUGCCUGAAGCUACGUGACGUUGCCGCUGUUGGUCCUCUAUUCUUAGUCAUUAGCCAUGUAGCUAGCGUCUUCGCUUCUCUGCAGUCAUCCGUGAGCUUGUAUGUACAAAAAGGGAACUGAAAAAAAAAAAGAAGAAAAUGUUCCUGCUGGCUUGGUGGCUGUGUGAUGCUCCAUGGGUAAUUUAGCAUGGGUAAUUCUUUCUGUUGCCGCUGAGCUUCUGGAAACUGCAACUUCCUGUGUAACAGAAGUGUCCGGUGUUGCAAUCUUUGCUGCCUUUUCUCGACUGUCACAUUUCUCGGAUAUGCGUUAACGCAUAAUGUACAAAAUGCCAAAUGCUUUGUGUGACACCUUGAAUAUGCUGCGUCAUGGUGAAAUCAUGGUCUCAUACGCUUUGCACGAAUAAAAUACAUUGUUGGUCGUU